UAGGGAGCUAAAUUUUCAAGCUAGCUCCCCCCGUCGUUUUGCCAUAGAAACGCCAGUAAAAAUCACCGUUAAAAAUACAUUUCAUUUGUUUUCAGACAUUAUCCACUUGAACAGAAGAAACUUUGACAAAUUCCUUCUAAUCCAUUAGCGUUUAACAUCAUCAAAUGUCAUGUGUAUGAAUUUAUGACUGCCAUAAACUGAUAUAAAAUUCUUGGAAUAUGAAACGCGUCGAAAUUGAUACAUUCGAAGUGACAAAUAUGACCAUCCUUUGUCGCAAAUGUAAUAAUUAUGUUUAUUUGAAGGAUUUAGAGGAUCAUCGUAUUUUGCACAAUGCUCUAGAGCUUUACUCCUAUGAUGUUCAAAGCAAACCAGCGACUGAAUUUGAGCUCUGUAAAAAGCGUCGCUCAUUAGUGAGAGAUUUGAACAAUAAUGUCCAAAUUGGUAGCUCGUCACACCACAAGCGUCUAGCUAAAAUAGACCUUGCCUUUCAAGUUAUAAAGUCGUGUAUUAAUGGUCGACUGUGCCAAACGGACUCGGCAUUUAUACAACAACCAAAGGUACUUAUCAAAUCUUUGUCGGGAGGACCUUGUAAAAAUGGGCAUGUUCUGGGUAUUUCGGAAUCUGCAAAUGAAAAAUGGAAGUCAUGCAUGGAAAAUGCGUACUCUUACUCAUUGGAAUGCGAUGAAGAAAUAGUGUUUAUUUCUUUGUUUGAUGGAUAUGGGGGAGAAACUGCGGCAAAGCAAUGUGCAAUGCAUUUUCAUCCUAUUUUAAAAAAGUCAGUUUGUUGCUGUAGUUGUUUUGAUAAUAAAUACGAUGAUAUCAGACAAUGUAAGCACUUUGAAAGUUUUAAAAUUGCUUUCAAUGAAAUGGAUGGAGUCUUACUCCAUGGUGCUGAUGAAGCAUCUCGCAAUCGAUGGAGUGGUUGCUCAGCAACCACAUGCCAGUUAACAAAAAGUACAUUACAUGUGGCAAAUGUUGGAAAUGUUAAAGCUAUUCUCAUUAAAACAGAUGAAUCUUUUGAAAUCUUAACUGAAGAUCAUACUCCUGGAAAUCAAAAAGAAAAGAAAAGGAUUAAAUUUUCAGGUGAUAUAUGCAAGUGGUCCAAGACUGCAUGGGUUAAUGGUGUGGCCAUGACAACCAGAGGGCUAGGUAACCAUGGUGACCCUAUUUUAAAAUCAAGUAUCAUAAAUACUCCUGCAGUAUCUUGCAUAAAGCUGUCAUGGUCACAAAUUAUUUUGUUGGCAUCAUCUGGGUUUUGGCAUAUUUUUGAUGAAAAUGAAGCACUACAACUGAUAAAGCUGUGGUUAGAGAUAGCUGAAAAUCAUUUGAUAUCUAAUUUAUUAUCAACAAGUUGCUUCGAAAGUUUUGAGUUCAGUAGGGAUUUAAAAGAUAUUUCCCUGUUAGAAAAGCAAAGGAAGAAAGAUCAAGAAACGAUUUUUGAGAAAUUAGAGAGUAUUUUUCAUGGGCUACAGGAUAAAGAUAUUGUGGCCAAAGAAAUCAGUAAAUUCCUCGCCAGAGCUGCAUUAACUGCUGGAUCAAAAGAAAAUAUUACAAUUGUGAUAAUCUUACCAUACAUCAAAAAAGACACAUGUAUUUGAAUAAAUACACACUCUUUGAUAUUUUCAGACAUACAUAUAGCAUUUAGAUAAUCGUUUCUUUCUUUACUGAUUAAAUUACUAAUUUACUGGUGAACUUUUUGCACAGUUUCUGUUUGGCAAAGUUUCUUGACUUUCAUUGGAUCCCAGUCCUCCGUCACAAACUCGCCACUUUAAUUUGUCAGUCUCCAUACAAACAAAUAUAAAAUGAAAAUUUGUGUUGCUGUUUCAGCUGUUCAUUAA